AUGGCGCCUCCGGAGACAGGAUCGGCAGAACCUGCCUCAACAUCGAUCGCUCGACGAUCCAGUUCUCGCAAGUCUCUCUCGCAGGGAGAGCGUCUGCCGUUUCAUUCAGGCAGUGGCGAAGAGAAAGGCCGCAGCGCAGAGCCGGUGGGUGACUGUGAGGGAUCUGAAACUCCAGCGUCCCCCACAGAGGAGUCGCCGAACGUAACGAUGGAGGAGUCCGUGUCUCGCUCGCGGCUGGGGACCAGCGCUGCGACGCGCGACCCGAGACAAACCAGAAAAAGCGCAAGAGCGUCUGUAGAAGAUGCAGCGACUGCUGUGGCUCUCCUCAGGGGGGUGAUCGACGGCGUCGAUGCCGUACCCAAAGGAUACAUGAACUAUAUGAAUUACUGGAACGAGCGUGUAGAUGAAGAACAAGUCGACGAACUGGGUGAAAGCGAAGAGUUUGAGAGAGUGUACAUGGAGCAGCAGGCGAAGCAGCUUCCCUUCCGAACUUCGACGACAGAGUGGACGAUGAACACCGCUGCAGGAGCGAUGGUGUGUGUCAUGGCCUGGGGUCCGAUCAUGAUGGUUUUUUGCUUCGUCGUCGGAGGCGCUCUGGGCUUCGGUUUCGCGAUCGCUCACGACCUUUGGCGCAUGCGCAAGAAGGAGACCGCUGCCACAAAGCAAAAGCAAAAACUCGACCAACUCAUGCGGUGGGCGGACUUCCAUUUCGCGACGAGUCAGAAUCAACUGCAGCUCAUCUUCAAAGUCAUUCUUGAGUACCAGGUCUUGGCGCGCCUCGGGGCUUUUUCGAAGACGGCGCGGUCCCAGCUGAAACUUCUCUACGCCUUUCUGUCGCGAGACGACGUCGGUCGCUGCCUCUGGCUAUACUUGGAUUUCUUCGAGGCUCAUUUCCGAAUCAUGACCCGCAGCGAAAUUGCCAUGUGCUCCAUCGUUUGUUCCGUCAGCGUGGAGUGUGUCAAAAGUCUGAGGAAGAAGAAGCCACCGCCGGUGUUGGUGCGGAUGAUGCAUUUGGAGGAAGACCCGGUGGCGCAGCGCAUUUUCGACACCGGGAAGAAUGCAGCGGCUUUCCGAGUUCGCCAGGACCAAAAACUGAAAGAAAUGGACGCCAUCAUGUACGCAGACGCCGCGAAGGAAGUCCAGCGACACAUCCUGCGAGGUGGCGAACUUCUCGACCCGCUGCAUGCGACUGCGGCGCGGGCGCCUCAGGACUCGGAAGAGGAGACAGAGGAAGAACUUUCGGAGACUGUGGACCGAGACACCGACUCGCUGGACCAAGACGGAACGCCUCACCACGCGCUGCCAGGGUCUCUCGUCCCUGUCUCCACGCCAGCGGACAUUUCUCCCGAAGGCCGAGACGUCAGCGGCGUCGUCAUGCCGAGUUCCCCAGGAGGGCCGCCGCCUCUCUCUGCAGCUGAAGAAGACACACAUGCUCUGCGGAGAAUCUCCUCAGGCGGCGGUGCAUCGCCUAAUUCCUCAGCUCGCCCAGAAGUGUCUCUGCUGGGUCCUCUGAAGCCUCUGGACAAUUUCAACCUAGCACUGUCGCCGACGCCCGCGGACUUUUACGCGGACGGAUCCACGUCCGCAGCCGCGCCAGCAGCUCAGCUGGCGAGUGAGAGAGGCUCUCUGAUUUCGCGAGGUGUAUCUGCAGUUGGGCCGCCGUUCUCGCGCUUCGGCAGCCGCGUCGCACGCGCUGGAGGCUCUAGUGCAGAAAACUCAUCAGCCGUCGGCCUCCCCAGUCAGAGGGGCUCCUUCGCUUCCGACGCAAGAGAGGAAAAGAGCCCGCGACUUCGCCGAAAGCCUCGCUCCUACGUCAGCCACAAGGAAUCGAAGAAGCUCGACGCUGGACCACCCAGAUUGUUCAAAUCAUAUCAAGAUCUUGUCGAUUUCGACGUCAACCUCAAACACCAAACUCCGAUUGGGCUGUACGAGUUCGAGUUUUUGGAUGAAAAGAAGGUGCAAGAUCCGAACGAUCCGAACUGGGAGUUGGUGGUGGACCAAAAAGCGAUAAAAGUCUACAAAUUCAUUUCCCCGAAUUCGCCUGUCGUCCUCGUCAAGGCCUAUGCAGAACUGGACUCGGUCCCCCUGCAGGUCCUCUGCCACGAAAUUCGCGACAUCCCAACGCGCCUCCAGUGGGAUACGACUUUCGAAGAUUAUCGCGUUGUAGAGCCGAACGUCAACCACAACGAGAUCAUUUACUGUCUUAUGCGGGCUCCUUUCCCCAUCUCCAACAGAGACUUCCUUCAGUGGCGACGAACGGAGGUCGACAUGGAAGCCGGCGUCGUCAAAAUGCUCAUGCGCUCUGCUUCUCACCCGUCGCUCCCGGAGCGCCCGGGCGUCGUUCGCGCCGAAACCAUUUUGUCCGGAUACAUCAUGGAACAGAAAGGUCCGAACUCUUCUUCCCUCUUCAUUGUCGCGCAGACGGAUGUCAAAGGUCUCAUCCCCAAGUGGGUCGUGAACACGACGGCGGCGCGCGCUCCCGCCGGGUGGGUUGAGAGCUUGAAGAAGGCAUGCGGGAAAUACAUGAAAGAACACGGGACGUCCGUUCCGGCGUCUUCUCUCACUUCUUCGUGAGUUCGGAUUCGAAGAGAAACAGAAACCUGAAAAGCGUUUACUCUCAAGCAGAAGGUAACGCAACUGCAGGAGAGUGUUCCAUCUUCCGUCAGAUUCGUCGUCUGGACAUGAGAACUGCGGCUGCAAAAGAACUUUGAAAGCCCCGAG